AGUCCAGUAACACAGCCAGUACUCUAUCAUCGUUGUUGCUGGAUAGACGCCAUCUUGAACGUUCAAGCACAAGACAGCUAUGACAAAAUUUUGGAGCUGCCUCUUGUUCGUUAUAAUUCUGCUCUUCACUUCAAAAGUUGCAUCCUAUAAGAUACUAGCCUUGUUUCCGCACAUAGCAAAGAGCCACUUCGUAAUGGGAGAAGCCUUAAUGAAAGGUCUAGCAGACAGAGGUCACCAGGUCUUCGUAGUGAGCCACUUCCCUCAAGAUUACCCUGUGCCCAACUACACAGACAUCAGCUUAGUGGGGUCCAUGAGAAACGCAGUUGAAGACACACCCCUGGAGAAUGUAGGCAAUGGUGAUAUUAUGAUGAAUGUAAAUAUGCUGGCAAGCCUGGCAGUGGAAAUAUGCGAGAAGAUUCUGUCUUUUCCUUCGGUACAGAAGCUCAUUAAAUCUGAAGACAAGUUUGAUUUGAUAAUCACAGAACUAUUCAACACAGAUUGCAUGCUCGGAUUCGUACACAAGUUCAAUGCGCCCUUCAUUGCUAUCGGAACAUCUGUCAUGAUGCCUUGGGGUAACAUACGUUUCGGUAACCCUGAAAACCCGUCCUACAUACCACAUCAUUUUGCACCUCAUUCUGAUCGAAUGAGUUUCAGCGAGAGGCUUGUAAACGCUGUGUAUCAAAAGGGCGUGCAGUGGGCUUACCAUUUCCUCAUGGAUAUGCCAAGUCAGAGAAUAGCGAGGAGGUAUUUUGGGGACUCGCUACCUCCUCUAGCGGAGAUCGCCAGGAACACUAGUCUCCUGCUCUUGAAUACGCACUUCUCGAUGAACCAGCCAAGACCAUUUGUUCCGCAAAUUGUUGAAGUUGGUGGACUGCACCUGCCUUUGCCAGAGCCAUUGCCAGAGGAUAUAAAGGAAUUCCUGGACAACUCUGAGCAUGGAGCAAUUUAUUUUAGUCUAGGAUCAAUAGUCAAAACAGAUACACUGGCUGCAGACAAAAGAGAUGCAUUUCUACAGGCGUUCUCAGAUCUACCGCAAAGAGUUAUUUGGAAAUGGGAAGCCGAUACAAUUCCCGGGAAGCCUCCAAAUGUGAAGGUAGCAAAAUGGCUUCCGCAAGUGGAUGUGCUGCGCCACCCAAACGUGAAAGUGUUCCUGACCCAUGGCGGACUGAUGGGUACAAUAGAGGCUGUCCACAGCGGGGUGCCCAUGGUCGGGAUACCGUUGUUCGGUGACCAGGAGGUCAAUAUCCAUUCCUAUAUUUCUGAAGGCUUCGCUGUCAAAUUGCAUUUCGACAGUAUUUCCAAGGAAUCUAUUUUGCAAGCCUUGAGGACCGUGCUGCACGACCCAAGGUAUCGUGAAAAUGCAGUUCGAAUAUCUAGGGCCUUCAACGACCGCCCGAUAUCGCCUCUGGACACUGCCAUCUUCUGGACUGAGUAUGUAGUGAGACAUGGAGGAGCACCACAUCUGCGAUCCGCAGCACGGGAUCUCUCUUGGGCGUUGCAAGUUGUGUCGUUUGCUUACCGACUGUAUUCCAUACGCAGCAACGUAAUAUUCAAAUCACUGUUUCUCAAUGGCGCUCACGCUGUUGUCUCACAAGCAGAAAGAUCCAGGAACCAUAACAUCGUGAUCCUGUCUCUGCUCUUGGUGUCAAUAAGCUUCUCCUAUAUUCCAAGUAUGGAAGUGACUGAUCCUGAAGUCAAACAUGGACAGUACGGCUACGAACUCGGCCUAUAUGGAAUUCAUACGCUUGUCACUCUCAUGAAGGUGUCGUCCAUCUUGUGGCUCAUCUUCAACCUUGCAUUGCUCUAUGGGGCCAUAGAAGAGAAGCCCGAAUUCGUAAUCCUGUGGAUUGUAUGGCAUCUGGUGGUCAUCUUCAUGCAAGUGAUAAUCGCUGCUUGGGUCGGAGAUAUUCUUACCAGGCACAUUUGGGCCCAUUCAGUCGAACUGGGUAUUCUGAUUGUGUCGGUUAUAAUCAGCGAAGGACUGCUGGUUUACUUUCUAAUCGUAGUGAGCAGCUUUUACCAGAAACUGAAGAAGCGGGAACAGGAUUAUGAACGUCUGCAUUCUACGACAACCAUCUAGUUUCUCCGUAACAAGCCAUCGAGGAUUAUACUACCGUUUUGAUGUAGGUUUCACAGUCGAAGAAAUGACUCAACAGUAGCAAACAAAUUUACUUCACUUACAUAUUACUUCAUUUCUAUUAAAAUUUUUUUGUUCUCUCAUGAUGUGAAAACAUUUAGAGUUUGGACAUUAUUUCGACAUACAUUUGGUAAAAAAAGUAAAAAAUCUUCAAUAUGGGGCAUAUUUACAAGAUGCACAUUUUAAAAUUAUCGUAAAUAUGUAACUAGGAUUUUUGUAUUCGAAUAUCAUACUGAAAAGUAAUUAAUUGGUAUCAAGUUUGAAGUUAAUACAAAUACUCUAAGAUUAUAACAGGCUGAUUUUAUGAAAUGUAUACAAAAUGCUAAUCAAAAUAAAAGGAAUAUAUUCGCGA